CCUAACCCAACCCAAAGCUUACUCCUCCUUUCUCAUCUUCUGCCCCUCUCUCUCUCUCUCUCUCUUCUCCUCUCCCUAAACCCAAACCCUUACCAGCAAGACAACCUCCUCCUCCCUCAGCUUUAUGGAGGACACUUGAGGAACCUAAGCAGAACAAGCCCCAUCACCACCACUCUCCAAUCUCGCUCGAAAGGACACUUCAAUUCAGCUCAAGAUUUGGUGGGCGUAGCGCGAUUCAUCCUCAAGAAAGCAAGCUCUCUCUCUCUCUCUCUCUCUCUCUCUCUCGUGAAGCUCAUCCCCACCAGCAGCUCUCGAGCAAGAAUCGACGACACGAAAAGAUACAAGGCAGUUCUUGGGGUUCCAAAGUUUUUGUGUGGAAAAGGGUAAUAAUUCACCAGGUGGUGUUUUGAGCACACACAAAAGAGAUACCGCAAGCGAAGCCAGCAAAAGAAAUGGAUCCAGUAACAGCACAUGGACGUCCUCUUCCGCUUCCUUUCCUCAGCCGAGACCUCCACAGCUUUGCUCCUCAUCACCAAUUCCAAUCCCACCACCACCAGCAGAACUCCGAGGAUGACAACCUCAGCAACAACAGCAGCUUCGGCCACGGCCAGAAACGGGAUCGCGACGACUACUCCUCCACCUCUGCCGCCACCAUUUCCCCCGCUGCCGAUGGGAAAGAAGCUGUUGGAGGAGGAGGUAAAGAGGCCACGAGGAGGCCAAGGGGGCGGCCAGCAGGUUCGAAGAACAAGCCGAAGCCCCCCAUCAUCAUAACCCGUGACAGCCCCAACGCCCUCCGCUCCCAUGUCGUGGAGGUCGCCAGCGGCGCCGACAUCAUGGAGAGCAUGUCGGCCUUCGCGAGGCGACAGCAGCGCGGGGUCUGCAUCCUGAGCGGGAGUGGGACCGUCACCAACGUCGCCCUCCGGCAGCCGGCCUCCCCGGGAGCGGUCGUGACGCUGCAUGGGCGGUUCGAGAUCCUGUCGCUGUCGGGGUCGUUCCUGCCACCCCCGGCCCCGCCGGCGCUGUCGGGGCUGACUGUGUACCUGGCGGGCGGGCAGGGGCAGGUGGUAGGGGGACAUGUGGUGGGUCCCCUCAUGGCGUCGGGGCCGGUGGUGAUAAUGGCAGCUUCGUUUGGGAACGCCGCUUACGAGAGGCUCCCGCUCGAGGAGGAGGAGGCAGGGACGGCGAUGCCGGUGCCGAGUGGCGGUCAGUUGGGAUCGCCUGGAAUGGUCGGACAGCAGCAGCAACAGCAGCAGCAGCUAAUGCCUGCAGACGCGAAUGGAGCGUUAUUGCAUGGUUUUGCACCGAAUCUAUUGAAUUCAUGCAAUUUGCCCGGUGAGACAUACUGGGGAGCUGCUCGCCCUCCUCCUUAUUGAAUUAACCCAAAGAAUGAAAUAGAUUCACGCCAUUUUUCUUUUAAUGUGUUCUUCGGAUCUACCUUCUAUUUUCUUUUCCUUUCUUUUCAUUUGACUUUCUUUCUAGCGACCUUUCCUUCUACUUUUUUCUUGUUACUUACUAAUAUGUGGGGGUCGUGAUGUUAGUCAUAUGGUGUUUCACCUCUUAUAAUUGAUUUGAAGAA